UCGCCACUCAAACUUGCGCGCCAUCCUCGCGAUGCCAAUGCACCUCACUCCACAACAAUGUCGCACCAAAUUCUCAACACCUCCAACCCCACCCUCCCGUCGCUGCCUCAGCCGCACAACCACCACCAGCCGCCGCCUCCACCGCCAAAGCUCGGUCGCCGUGCCGCCGCGGUCGCCAUCGCGGCCGCGCCGGCCAUCCUCAGCGUCACACCCGCACCAUCCAGAGCACAGGAAGCGACGGCGGCCGCGCCCUGCAUCGCCGACCUGCCCGUCACCGCCAAGGCCUUCCUCGACGUCUCCAUCGGCGGUGAGCCGGCCGGCCGCAUCACCGUCGGCCUCUUCGGCGACACGGCCCCCGCCGGCGCGUCACGGUUCCUGUCCCUGGUCACCGGCGUCGGCUACCGGCGCAAGGAGUUCGUGAAGAUCGUGCCGGGGUACGUGCAGCACGGUGGCGUGGUGUCGUACCCGGCCAUCGAGGAGGUGACCGACCGGCUGGCGGCGGAGAUGGGCGCCGUGCGCGCGCAAUGCCGGGACGGGAGGAGGCCGCACGCGGCGGCGGGGGCGGUGUCGAUCGUGGUGAGGGACCCGAGCCUGCCGCCGCCCAAGCCAAAGCUGGUGGCGCGCGGCGGGAAGCUGGAGAUCGACCAGGAGCAGGUGGGCGUGGCGCCCAACGGCACCGAGUUCGUGAUCACCACCGGCGACGCGCCGGAGCUGGACGCGUCGGCGCUGGUGGUCGGGAGGGUCGUCGACGGCAUGGACGUCGUCGGCAAGAUCGCCGCCGUGCCCACCGUCAGGGACAACACAGCCUCCCCCUACUUCAGAGUGGCCAAGUUGAUUGGGGACAAGAGAGCAGUGGUUGCAGAGCGAGGGUUCAACCGCCCCUACACCAAGAUCCUAGUCACCAAUUGCGGAGUCCUUCAACAGCAGCCGUAGAAACCUCGUUUUGCUCUGUUUCUAUCCUCUUUUUUUCAUGCGUUCAAUUUUACAAAGUGUAACAAAUUGGAGCUCUGUUUACAAGAGGGAUUGAAAGAUAUUCACAGUACCAGAGUUUGGUUACUCGUGGAUUGAUAAUACAAUCAGCUAGUGGGAGAGGAUUAUAAAGCAUUGUGAGGAUCAUAAUAUUGUAAUUUGUAAAGCAUUGCCACCUACUUCGAGUUUUUAGCUAUUAUAUUUGCUCCGUUACAAACUAUAACAU